AGAGACUAUUCGAACUUUAGGUAUCGCGGUUACGUUGCAGGUGUUGCUGCUCUUCACAGCAGGCCUCUGCUAGAUAAGCACGCCUCCGAAAAAAAAUGGCUGGGGCGCUUCGGGUUCUAUUGUUGGGGAAAGAAAAGUGUUUAACGCGUACCUUGACUUUCGCAAAAAUGGCUGAGCUGCUCCGAACUCCCCUCGUUCCUUCUGCAAUGAUCCGAAGCGUAUCAACAGGGACGCUGGAAGUGAAGGAACCGUUGAAUUUCUGGAGCGGUGGCAGAGUGAAGGCCAAGGAUGUGAAAAACGCCGAGCCUGUUUAUGAACCUGCAACAGGGCGUGUUCUGUGUCAGAUGGUGCCAUGCGGGCCUGAGGAAGUGGAUCAGGCCAUACGAAGUGCCCAGUCUGCCUUUCUGAAAUGGAGCAAGCUGGCAGGCAUGGAGAGAGCCCGUGUAAUGCUGGAGGCUGCCCGCAUUAUCAGGGAACGGAGAGAUGAGAUUGCCAAAUUGGAGGUCAUCAACAAUGGGAAGUCCAUUACAGAAGCAGUUGUUGACAUAGAUGUGGCCUGGCAGUGCAUUGAGUAUUACGCUGGUAUGGCUGGAACUUUGGCAGGUCAGCAUGUUUCCCUUCCAGGGGGAUCAUUUGCAUACACCCGGCGUGAGCCCCUGGGUGUGUGUGUGGGAAUUGGUGCCUGGAACUACCCCUUCCAGAUUGCAGCCUGGAAAUCUGCCCCUGCGCUGGCCUGCGGCAAUGCGAUGGUGUUCAAGCCUUCUCCUAUGACUCCUGUGACGGCAGUCUUGCUGGCAGAGAUCUAUGCUGAGGCUGGCGUCCCCGAGGGGCUUUUCAAUGUAGUACAGGGUGCAGCAGAGACUGGAACUCUACUCUGCCAUCACCCUUUGGUGGCAAAGGUCUCCUUCACUGGCAGUGUCCCUACAGGCAAGAAGAUCAUGGAGAUGGCGUCGAAGGGGGUGAAGCCGGUGACACUGGAGCUGGGGGGGAAAUCUCCGCUGAUCAUCUUCAAGGACAGCGAAAUGGAAAAUGCUGUGAAGGGGGCGCUCAUGGCCAACUUCCUGUCCCAGGGUGAGGUCUGCUGCAAUGGGACUCGGGUCUUUGUCCAGAGAGAGAUCCUGCCCAAGUUCUUGGAGGAGGUAGUGAAGAGGACUAAGGCCAUCCCAGUUGGGGACCCCCUGCUAGAUGGAACCCGCAUGGGGGCUCUGAUCAGCCGGCCCCACCUGGAGCGAGUGCUAGGCUUCAUCGCAACAGCCAAGAAAGAGGGUGCCAGGGUACUGUGUGGAGGGGAGCCCUUUGCCCCCUCUGAUCCCAAACUUCAGGGGGGCUAUUUCAUGUCCCCAUGUGUUCUGGAUAACUGCAACGAUGACAUGACAUGUGUAAAGGAGGAAAUCUUUGGACCUGUGAUGUCUGUGCUGCCCUUUGAUACAGAGGAGGAGGUUCUGCAGAGAGCCAACAAUACAACAUUGGGGCUGGCUGCUGGAGUCUUCACCAGGGAUGUGUCACGUGCCCACCGUGUGGUAGAGAACCUACAGGCAGGAACCUGUUUCAUCAACAACUACAACAUCAGCCCUGUGGAGGUGCCCUUUGGCGGAUAUAAAAUGUCAGGUUUUGGCAGAGAGAAUGGCCAGGUGACUAUAGAGUACUACUCACAACUGAAGACUGUGGUGGUUGAGAUGGGCGAUGUUGACAGCCUCUUCUAAACAUCUCGAAGUUCAGCCACUGACCCUCACCCUUGGGGUCCAUUCUCACCAGAGUUAAAUGAGGUGGGAAGGCUGCUUGCUGCUUGGUAUGUGCCAUAAAUAUAACAUAGUAUUCUUUGUCUGACUAAGCUGCCCAUAACUACACUGUAACUAUUCCUGUAGUUGUUUUCCGCAUUGUGCUAAAUAUGCAGAAAAGGUUAUGGAAAAUGCAUUUGUGAAAAACAAAUGUGAGCAACACUAUCAUUCACCAAAUGCUUGCCUAUCAUAAAAGGUCUUAAUCCCUUUGAUUAGUAUCUUGCCAGUAAUAUUUGUUUAUUUUUAAAGGCAGUUUGUAAGCAUUUUGUUAAGCUUAAGAACACUUGCAUUUUUUCAAUACUGCUAUGAAUUCUCCCAAGCUACUUUCACCGAAUAAAUUGCACAUUUGUAAUAAA